GCCACCCUUAGCUAGCAGCACACAGGCAGUAAAACAAAAGCAGGAGCACCCGGCCGGCCGGCAGCUGCGCGUUGCGUCCAAGGCAAUGGCGCCGCGCACCACGGAAGAAGACGGCUCCGCGGGCGACGAGGAGUCGCCCGUGGAGGCCAGCACGCUCCGCCAUCGCCACAAUACCGGCAAGAACGGCGCCGGAGAAGACGACGAGGGCAAGCGGAACGGGGCAGCCCUCGAGGAGGAGGAAGAAGAGGCGUCGGUGGAGCGGGCGUUCGAGGGGAAGGCGGUGCCGACGUGGCGGGAGCAGCUGACGCUGCGCGCCUUCGUGGUGAGCUUCUUCCUGGCCAUCAUGUUCAGCGUCAUCGUCAUGAAGCUCAACCUCACCACGGGCAUCAUCCCCUCGCUCAACGUCUCCGCGGGCCUCCUCGGCUUCUUCUUCGUCCGCCUCUGGACGGGCGCCAUCGAGAGGAUGGGCUUCCUCCGCCAGCCCUUCACCAGGCAGGAGAACACCGUCAUCCAGACCUGCGUCGUCGCCGCCUACGACAUCGCCUUCAGCGGUGGAUUUGGUAAUUACUUGUUCGCCAUGAGCGACACCAUCGCCAAUCAAACAACAGAGGCUAAAGAUGCUCAGAAUAUCAAGAAUCCUCACGUCGGGUGGAUGAUUGCAUUUCUCUUCCUCGUCAGUUUUGUUGGGCUAUUCGCUCUUGUGCCCCUGAGAAAGAUUAUGAUCGUUGACUACAAGCUGACCUAUCCGAGUGGUACGGCGACUGCGUAUCUCAUCAAUGGUUUCCACACGCCAGAGGGUGCAAAGCUUGCAAAGAAGCAAGUAAAGACACUGGGCAAGUUCUUCCUCUUUAGCUUCCUUUGGGGCUUUUUCCAGUGGUUCUACACCGGUGGAGAUAGCUGUGGGUUCAGUAGCUUCCCUACGCUAGGCCUUCAAGCCUAUAAGAACAGGUUUUACUUCGAUUUCUCUCCUACCUAUGUUGGAGUUGGGAUGAUCUGCCCACACAUUGUGAACGUGUCUGUUCUACUGGGAGGCAUCCUCUCAUGGGGAGUAAUGUGGCCCCUUAUAUCGAACAAGAGAGGGAUCUGGUUCUCAGCCGAUCUCCCAGACAGCAGCCUCCAUGGCCUCCAAGGUUACCGGGUGUUCAUAUCCAUCUCCUUGAUCCUUGGGGACGGCCUGUACAACUUCCUGAAGGUGCUCGUUCGCACAACGGCUGCCUUUGCAACGAUGGUAAAGAAGAACAACAUGAUUCCGGUCUCAGACGAAGGCGGCGCCAUGGUAACCGGCGAAGCCGUCUCCUACGACGACCAACGCCGCACCGAGCUCUUCCUGAGGGACCAGAUCCCCAAAACCGUGGCGUACGCAGGGUACGCCGCCGUUGCCGCGGUGUCGAUCGCCACCCUGCCCCUGCUCUUCCCUCAGCUCAAGUGGUACUACAUCCUGGUCGCCUACCUCUUCGCGCCCGUGCUGGCCUUCUGCAACGCCUACGGGACCGGGCUCACCGACUGGUCCCUGGCGUCCACCUAUGGCAAGCUCGCCAUCUUCAUCUUCGGGGCCUGGGCCGGCGCGCCGCACGGCGGCGUGCUCGUCGGGCUCGCCGCCUGCGGCGUGAUGAUGAGCAUCGUGUCCACGGCCGCCGACCUGAUGCAGGACUUCAAGACGGGCUACCUGACGCUGGCGUCGCCGAGGUCCAUGUUCAUCAGCCAGGUGAUCGGCACGGCCAUGGGCUGCGUCAUCGCGCCCUGCGUCUUCUGGCUCUUCUACAAGGCCUUCACCGACAUCGGCAUCAGCGGCAGCGAGUACCCGGCGCCCUACGCCAUCGUGUACCGGAACAUGGCCAUACUGGGCGUCGACGGCUUCUCCUCGCUCCCCAAGAACUGCCUCACGCUCUGCUUCAUAUUCUUCGCCGCCGCCAUCGUCAUCAACCUCGCCAGGGACUUGGCGCCGAGCAAGGUCGCCAAGUUCAUCCCGCUGCCCAUGGCCAUGGCCAUACCGUUCUACAUCGGGUCCUAUUUCGCGAUCGACAUGUUUGUCGGCUCCGUGAUCCUCUUCGUGUGGGGGAUCGUGAACAAAGCCAAAGCGGAUGCGUUUGCGCCUGCUGUUGCCUCAGGGUUGAUCUGCGGCGAUGGCAUUUGGACGCUACCGCAGUCUAUCCUUGCGCUUGCCAAGGUGAAACCACCGAUUUGCAUGAAGUUCCUAUCAAGAUCCGUCAACGCCAAAGUGGAUGACUUCCUAGGUUAAUGAGCCAAGGAAAGCUAGCUCGAACAUGUUACCUAUUGUACUGUCCUGUACUGUAUCAUCUUCCUGUGUCCUGUCAUCAUGAUUAAGUAUCUGAUGUUGUGUAAGCCUGUAACUGAUGUUCCCAAACUUGUUCCUGGCUACCUGUAAUUAGUAAGAAGGUAAGAAUCUCAAAAGGGUAUUGCAAUGGAUAAUUCAAAUUGUAGUAA